GUAGUUUCCGUAGCGCAUGCACAGUUUGCGAUCGAGCCGCUUGAACUCUGAGAGAGACAGUUAGACAAGAUUUUGCAGUCAAACACGGAACUGAGGGCCACUAUCAAAUGUAUCUUACCGCUGUGGGGUUCGGCAGAAAACAACAGUUUAGCGUGCGACGACAGCAGCCAGGAAUUUUUGGACUGUGGAAGAAUCUGUAAUUGCAUUGCAUUCCCUCUCAUCCAACGUACACACCCCGUGAUAUCCUGAAGCCCUCUCCAACAGGACCAGGAGGCACCAGAGUGAGGCGAAAAGUGCUGAAAGAGUGAAUACAGAACGAAGAAGGAUCAUAAAGGACAUGCACAGAAUGCUGCUCUGGAGGGGAGAGCAGAAGUGUUCUGCACUGGAAUGACCUCCCAUACACUCUCACGUGGUUUCUAUGGGGAUUUCAGCAUAGCCGCACUCUGCUGGAUGGGAGGUGGUGUAUUUCUGUGGCAUCUGAUUGCUCUGCUCUGAUUGGCCAGUACUAUUCAGUCACCACACUGCCGUUGGUCAGAAUGCCAGCAAAAGGGAAGUACUUGCUGAACGAGCAGGAGUUGAAACAGGAAGCACUGUACAGGAAAUUUUCUGGCAUUAGGCAGUACCAGCCAUUCGUUCUGUUGCUGGGACUGAGCAUGCUCACCUGUGUCACACUGCUAGUGCUCUUCUUCAGCCUGAAACUGGAUGCAAAGGUCCAUGGUGUAUUUGUGGGAGUUGUGGGAGGAGCGUUGUGUUUGUUCCUGGCUGUGUUUAUAUUAAUCUGUACAGAGACCCUCUCUCAGAGAUGGAGAACUUUACUCGGCCUCGCCGUGUGGGCCACACACCUCACAAUGGGCUUCACCUUUAUUUUCAGCGCAGAAACCGAAAUACCAAUACAACCAUGGGACCAGGUGCCCUUCUUCCUCUUCAUCAUCAUUACAGUCUACACAAUGCUACCAUUCCAAAUGAGCUACGCUGUGACCCUGAGUAUCAUCUCCUCUCUGUCUCACAUCAUUGUUCUUUCGGUGCACCUCACAGUGGUCGAGUUACCCCACAAACUCACCAAUCAUCUCAUCACCAAUCAGUUGCUAUCAAAUGCUGUGGUGUUUGUUUGUGGAAAUAUGGUUGGUGCAUUUCAUAAGGUUCUGAUGGAGAAAGCUCUCAGGCAGACAUUUCAGGAUACUCUUCGCUGCCUUGGCAUUCGCAUGAAACUGGAGAUUGAGAAGAGACAGCAGGAAAACCUUUUACAGUCAGUGCUUCCUGUGUACAUCUCCAUGAAGAUGAAGUUGGCCAUAAUGGAGCGCUGCAAGUGUAAAGAUAAAGAGGAACAGCAGCGUAUGGUCCGUGACAACAACUUCCACAGUCUUUACGUGAAGAGACAUGAGAACGUCAGCAUCCUAUAUGCUGACAUAGUGGGUUUCACACGUCUGGCCAGUGACUGUUCUCCUAAGGAGCUUGUGAUUAUGCUGAAUGAACUUUUUGGGAAAUUUGACCAGAUUGCAAAAGAGAAUGAGUGUAUGCGGAUAAAAAUUCUUGGUGACUGUUAUUACUGUGUGUCUGGCCUCCCUGUUUCCCUGCCAAAUCAUGCCAAAAACUGUGUUAAAAUGGGCCUGGACAUGUGCGAAGCCAUAAAGCAGGUGCGUGAGGCGACAGGUGUGGAUAUAAACAUGCGUGUAGGUGUGCACUCUGGAAAUGUCCUCUGUGGUGUGAUUGGCUUACGGAAAUGGCAGUUUGAUGUGUGGUCACAUGAUGUCACAUUAGCCAAUCAUAUGGAGUCAGGUGGAUUACCAGGCCGAGUUCACAUCACAGAGGCGACUCUGAAGCACUUGAACAAAGCGUAUGAGGUGGAGGAGGGGAAUGGUCACCUGAGAGACCCCUACCUCAAAGAGCUUAACGUCAAGACGUACCUGGUCAUAGACCCAAGGUCAAAAGACUCAUCACUGAUGGCUCCCAGUGUCACCAAGCCUCGUGUGAGUGAUGGUUUGAAGAUGCGAGCAUCUGUGCGUAUGACACGCUUCCUGGAGUCGUGGGGGGCUGUUAAACCUUUUGCCCAUCUGCAGAGCCGAGAGGAAUUCAGCACAGAUGCUAUGGUCAAUGGAAAGGGUCGCUGCAAGGACAUCCCUCUUAGAUCAGUACCAACCAAAAUUACAGAGAGGAAUAAAUCACAGAAGACUAAGUUUGAUGAAGAACUUUACGACAAGAUGACCACCACCAUCAAUGAUUUGAGCUCCAGCAAGCAGUGGGUGAAGUCUGAAGAGAGCUCUGGCCUCACACUGUGGUUUACUAAAAGAGACCUGGAAAAGCAGUACAGGACUAUAGAGAUGCCAAGAUUUAAAUACUACAUUGGUUGUGCCACCUUCGUCUUUUUAUGCAUCUUCAUCAUCCAAAUGCUUGUUACCAAGCAGCGUAAAAAGCUGGGGCUGGCAUUUGCGGUGUUGGCGUGUGUUCUGCUUUUGGCUCUGUGCGUCUGUUUUGCAGGUCAUAUACAGAGGAUGUUUCCGGAGAAGUUAAAGUCAUGUACGUGGCUCUCGGCUCUUUCAGAAGCAGUGGUUAAGAGACCUUUUCUGCGCCUCCCAUUGGCAACCGUGGCCACCGCAGUCAUAGUCAUCAUUGCCAUGUUCAACUUUUAUUUUAAAACCCCAGAGAAUUUAUGUGACACUUUGCGACAAAAUAACAACACCGUUCCCGAUCUACCUUUUGUAGAUGACCUUCCAUAUUUGCCUUAUUCUGUAUAUAACUGUAUAUUGGCAUUGAUCGCCUGUGGCGUGUUUUUGAGGGUGAGUUUGGAGCUGAAGGUGGCCUUCCUCUUCAUCGUCUCUAUCGUUUCCUACAUCAUCAUCUUCUACUCUCGGGAAAAUCUCUUCAGCAGCUACAGCUGCCUGCUCUACACCAACCACAGCAGUGUGGAGGACAGUUUGAUGGUGUUCAAAGCAGGACUUAUGAAGCACCCACAACUCAUGAGCUGCAUCUACAUCAUGCUCUUCCUCUUUACCAUGCUGCUCAUAUCCCACCAGAAUGAGUACUGCUAUCGUCAGGACUUCCUGUUGAAGAACAAGAACCUGACCGAUAAGGAAGAAGUCGAGCUGUGUGAAAACCUGAACUGUCUUCUUUUGGAGAAUGUUCUCCCUGCGCACGUGGCCGCUCUCUUCGUGGGCGAGAACAAAAAGAAUGAGGACCUGUACUAUAAGUCAUAUGACUGCGUAUGUGUGAUGUUUGCCUCGGUGCCAGACUUCAAAGAGUUCUACACUGAGUGUGACAUAAAUAAAGAAGGACUGGAGUGUUUAAGGCUCCUCAAUGAGAUCAUCGCCGACUUUGAUGAGUUGCUGUCUAAGCCCAAGUUCAGUGGUGUGGAGAAGAUUAAAACCAUCGGCAGCACGUACAUGGCUGCUGCGGGACUGAGUGGACCUCCAGAACAGAGCAGCCAGGACCGUGAGAGGCAGAAUGCUCAGAUAGGAAACAUGGUGGAGUUCGCCAUCGCUCUGAUCGGCAAGCUGGACGGCAUCAACAGACACUCCUUCAACACGUUCAGGCUUCGUGUCGGUAUAAACCACGGCCCGGUGAUUGCUGGGGUGAUUGGAGCCAGGAAACCACAGUAUGAUAUCUGGGGAAACACUGUGAAUGUGGCCAGCCGGAUGGAAAGCACUGGAGAGCUGGGUAAAAUACAGGUGACAGAGGAGACAUCAGAUGUCCUGCAGAAGCUGGGCUAUUCAUGUGAGUGUCGUGGCCUGAUCAAUGUGAAGGGCAAAGGAGAGCUCAAGACCUUCUUUGUGUGCACAGAUUCCAGCAAACAGCAGGGCAUCGGUCUGAGCUGAGACUGAAGCCUCUGCCGCUGACAGCUUCACACACACACACACACACACACAUGCACGUACACACAGACUCCGGGCCUAUAUGUGAUCUUUCUUUUUUUUUUUUUCUUUUAAGAAUGUUUUAUUGCUACUGGAUUUGUUUCUUUAGAGCAUGUCUGAAGAAGUGCACAUUCUUACUAACUCUGACAUGUUGGAGUUUGUUUUGGCAGCAUUUGGAGAUCUGAAACUCUCAGACAUAAAGCAACAUAUAUAUUCACGCACCUCACACUAACACAAGCGAUCCUCUUAUGGGGAACAGACCACAGACAGUAGGUAACUGAGUUCAGUGAAGGAAGAUACUGCUUCUCAGACUUUCUGUGUACUGCUGUCAUAGUGGCCUUGAUCCUGUUGGAUUUAGACUGAUUUGGGAUGACUGAGCUGGUCGGCCGGUUUUGGUCUCAUUUGAGACUCCCAGACAGAGGGAACACGUGACCCACACAAACCCAUCAUGGCAGAUGAGCUGACGUUAAAAUAUCUAGAAUUUGUCAUUUAAAAUAGCAUGUAACUUAUUAUAAACCAUUCUGUCAACAUUUGGACCAACAAAAUGGUGGAAGCCUAUUGUUGCUUGAAUAUACAUACUGUGGAUGUUUUGUUUUUUUUGUUUUAUUUUCUUUUUAAAAAGAACUGCCAGGUGUUUUGAAUGCCAAAUAUCAACAAGAAGUGUUGAUUUGCUGUUGCCUUUGAGUUGAGAUUGUGGAUGUUGGUGAGCCUUUCUUAGCUUCGUAAUAUGCUACAGACAAAAACUAGGAAUGUUUACAUAUACUGGGAAAAAAAAUGUCAGUGACUGAAAUUCAGUUAACUUCAAGUGAAAGUGUACUUUCAUCGCUUUCUUUCUUUCAUUGCUUGUACUUUCAUCUUUCUUAGAUGUUGACCAAAUGGCUCUGUGGCUUCUCCCAUCUGAAGUUGUACAUUCGCUACUGGAUGUAUUUAUGCAUCUUAGCUUACAUUGCUGUAAAUUGAUUUGCUCAGACGGUCUCUGCUUUUGUUCUGAGAAUAUUUGGUGAAAAUUAGAAGAAUUUGUGCCUGUUGAAGUCAUAGGCAUAAAUGUUCAAUUUAUGUUCAAUGUCUCUCUGGGUUUUCAGCCCUCUUGAGUGUGACAGUGACUAAAUUGACACAGUUUGAGAUUCUGCGCUGC